AGCUAUCGCUUCCUUUCUGUUGUUUUACACCUGUCCUCGUUAACGGAGGAGCGGGUUUCAACUCGAGUCUGUCCCAAGCAACCGGUGGGAGUUGUAUGAGUGAGGUUGAUGUUAAAUUGGCUCUUUCAGGAUGAUUGACACCCUAUAUGAGUGGAUCUGGUGGGACCGCUUCUGGCUGCCAGUCAACCUGACCUGGGCGGACCUAGAGGACCGAGAUGGGCGUGUCUACGCCAAAGCCUCUGACCUCUAUGUGACGUUGCCUUACGCCAUAGGCUUCCUACUGGUCAGAUACCUGUUCGAAAGGUUGAUAGCCACGCCUCUAGCAGCCUCAGUGGGGAUCCGGGAGAAGGCCAGACUGAGAGUACCAGACAACCCCAUCCUCAAACUCUACUAUCUCUCUCACUCCAGAAACCCUGGCCAGGCAGUUAUAGAUGGUCUGUCUAAGAAGAGCGGCUGGUGCGUUAGGCAGGUGGAGCGCUGGUUCAGAAAGAGAAGAAACCAGGAUCGUCCCGGAGUACUGAAGAAGUUCAGAGAGGCUAGUUGGAGGUUUGUGUUCUAUCUGUUGGCGUUAAUUGGAGGAGUUGUGUCCCUGUAUGAUAAAGAAUGGUUCUAUGAUACGAGGGAAGUGUGGAAUGGAUUUCCAAAACAGACUAUGCUGGAUUCUCAGUACUGGUACUACAUCCUGGAGAUGAGCUUCUAUGGUUCGCUUCUCUUCAGAGUCACUUUUGAUGUCAAGAGGAAGGACUUUAAGGAACAGAUCAUCCACCAUUUGGCCACCCUGACACUGCUGUCCUUCUCUUGGUGUGUCAACUACAUCCGGAUAGGAACCCUGGUGAUGCUCAUCCACGAUGCCUCCGACGUCCUGCUAGAGUCUGCCAAGUUGUUUAACUACGCCAAAUGGGAGAGAACCUGCAACAGUCUCUUUGUGGUGUUUGCCAUUGUGUUCAUGGUAACCCGACUGAUCAUCUUCCCAUUCUGGCUGAUCCACUGUACGUGGGUGUACCCCACACUCCAGUACCCCCCGUUCUUUGGUUACUACUUCUUCAACGUCAUGCUGGUGGUCCUCCUGUUCCUGCACAUCUUCUGGGCCUACCUCAUCCUGCGCAUGGUCAAGAAGUUUCUUGCAAAGUGA